AUGAAUAAUAAUACCAUUCCUUUUUAUCCAUCAAUACAAGAGUUUCCAAAAGCUAAAGAAAGUUAAGAAAAUUAAGGAAAUAAUUUAAAAUAUACAUGCAGGUACGAAAUUUAAAUUUAAAAUGAUAAAGACUUCUAAAUAGCCAGAAAAAUUAUAGGAUCCAAAGGAGAGAAUAUGAAAUCUAUAAUUAAAAAAUGCAUAGACGCAAGCAACUAAAAAGGCUAUAUUAAUGAAAAAGAUGAUUAAACGAACAUAGUUAAACUAAGAUUAAGAGGAAUAGGUUCUGGAUAUAAAGAAGGACCAAAUAAAUAAGAAUCAUAAGAGCCUUUACAUUUAUGUGUAAGUUCUAAACAAUAAGAAGUAUUUUCUAUUGCUUGUUAAUUUGUAGAAGAUUUAUUAUAGAAUAUAUACGAGUAAUAUUAUAAGUAUUGUUAGACUAGUAAUUGUGAAAAAGAUGUUUUAUUAAUUAAAAAAUAAGAUAGUAUGAGUUGUAAUAUUAUUAAUAAUGUACUUUAGAAAAAAAAUUAGAACUUUUUUGUUGACAUUACUAAUAAUUUAAAUAAAAAAAAUAAUAAAAAUAAUAACAAUAUUUUAAUCAAAUAAUUUUCUGAAUCUAAUAAAUAUGAUUUUGAAGAAAACGAUUUUCUAUUUUAAGAAACUGAUAAACUAGAAAAUAUUAAUUAAAUUAAAAUUACUACAGAAAAUUAAAAAAAAUGUUAUAUUAUUAAAAAAAUAUAUUUUAUUUAUUUAAAUUUUAAAAACAAAAUUAAAAGAAUAAAGAAAUAAAAAUAGAAAAUAACAAAAUCUUACUGA